GCAAAACACUUAGAGAUUUCUGCAUGACUACAACUGCAUGUUAAAGCGUCCUUGUUGCUGCGAAUCAAAAUCAAACAAGAUAAAGAGGAGUGUUUUUUCAAGAGGAGGUUUCAUUAUCUUUUUCCAGAGGAAGAAAUAUGUUUGAUCCUCUUGGACUCAUUUGUAUGAUUUGGUGGUAUAUGAUGCUAUUGCGUCCCCUGCAUGCUGACAUCCAGUGUAUGGAGUCAGACGCACAGGAAUCGCCUCUUACAAAUGUGAACAUGGACUGGAGAAAAAUGGAACUGUCCUGGGAGAGCAGCAGGAAUUUCUCUGAGUACAAAUGUACCAUCACAGACAGGGACAUGGAAUAUAUAGACAUAAAGGCAUAUAGUCCACUAUGCAACUUUUCAGUGGGAGUACACAUUCCUCUGCACAAAGGGGUAUUCUUUAUCAUUGAAGUGCCAAACACAAACAUCUCAAAACAAUGCACCUUUCUGCCUGGAGGCAUGAAUGGCUCAGCCAUUGAAAACUUCUCCUGUGUGAUUUAUAACAUCUUCCUCAUGAACUGCACUUGGCAGGCAGGAAGGGAUGCUCCAGCAGACACACAGUAUUUUCUCUACUGGCAGAAGUCAAGAGAGGACAAUCAGAUGGAAUGUAAACUUUACAUUAAAGAUGAAAAUAGCAGAAACAUGGGAUGUAUCUUCCAAAAUGUGAGCAUAGGGACUGAAAAAGCUUACUUCCUGGUGAAUGGAUCCAGCAAAGACUCCCUGAUCCAGUUCUAUGAUGAGUACAUUGACCUGUAUAAAAUUGAAAUACUCACUGCUCCAUUAAAUGUCGCUGCCCAUUGUACCAGAGAUUCAGCAGGUUGCAUUAUUACGUGGCAUCCACCCCUUACAAGUAAUAAUGAAAAAGCAAAGUGUUUUGAGUAUGAAAUUAGCAUACAAAAUAAGGAUGAGCCCAAUAAAGAGAAAAACCCUCCUCAUGUACGGAAUAACAGAUACGAAUUCCAAAAUUACAAUGAGAAAAAAAGAUACACUCUGAGAAUCAGAGCACGUGGAAAAAACUGUCUCGUAAGCAAAAAUUGGGGGGAAUGGAGUGAACCCAUUGAGUUUGGUCGAGGGGAAGAUUAUUUUAUUUUUGUGAUUUUAUUUCUGACUGCACUUGGAACAAUCUCAAUUACACUUCUUCUGUACUGUCUUUUCAAAAGGUACUGCAGUUUCAAGAGCAUAUUUCCUCCCAUACCACAACCAAGAGACAAAUUCAAUGCUGAUGAAGAUAUCCAGACAGAAUAUGUAAGUCUACCAACAAAAAGUCAUACUGAGGAAGUAGCUAGAAUUGAAGAAUGAUCCAACUUUCCAAAACCACACCUGAUUCCCCAACAUGGAAGAAAAUUAUGGUUCCUGCUGACGUACUUCAAACCAGCCUAUAGAAGAAUAUGAUCACCUAUAAAACUGUUUUUCCCCUUAAAAUCCACUUAAAAUGGAGCAGAUAAAAAAAAAAAGGGAGAAAAACGAGUGAAAUUUGUUCUUUUCUCUUUGUUCAAACCCACAAUGCCUGGCAACUAAGCUUUUCUUCAAGGCCUGCUUUGAGGAAGUGCUUAAACCUUGCUAAGAGGAUCUUAGAGACAAGCCCUCUUACACAGAAUAAAGCUGUUACUUCUUGUUGUCAUCGCUAUGGAAAGUUUUUUCCUCUCAUUAUGAUUUCCUGUAGGCUGACAGGCUUGUUGUAUAAUGCCACAGUAAUUUUAACUGUAAUUUUUAUAUGCACAGUUAUUUUCUAAAACACAAACCUAUUAAAAUGUUUAAAUUUGCUUUGAUCUUUUAAUCAGUAACACCAAAAUAUCCCAAUAUAUGCAAUUAACCUUAUGAAAGACAAAA